GCGAUCGAUCCGAUGUCUCCCGCAUUCUGACUGUCGCUUCGGCCAGGACAUGUCGGUUUCGCAUAGUUAGUGUUAUUGUUGUGUUCUCAGUGAGGGAAAUGUCUGGAAUGAGUACGAGUCAUUAUUGAUCCGACUCUACCCCGCGACGGAGAUGUUGUUGGCCCCAUCGUCCAUUCAUUUCAUCAAGGAUUCGACAAACGGUGUUUUGACACCGGAUCAAACUGUCGUGGCCGAUCUUAGUAACAAAUUCGAAGGGAAUCAAGAUAAAUUACCGAAGAUCCAAGUGGCCCAAAAGGACGGUUCGUGGUUCGCUUUAAAUAAUAGCUGUCUUCACGUAUUCCGCGAGUUAGAGAAACAAGGCAAGUGUUUGCAGAUAAGAGUGGAGGUUGUGCCACUUAGUAAAGUGCCAUACAGCGUGCAAGAGGGCAUGGUGGUGGAAAAAGAUGAUUCCAAAUCGACAUUAAAUGGUCAUAAUGUGGAUAAUAACUGGGAAGAAUGGGAAUCCGUACCCGAAUGGAUAUUGUCACUAUAUUUCUUCAAUCAUCAUGGCCAAACGACAAUUUUUAUAUACUUUAAUUUAUUCUUCAAUUAUCCAUUAUCAAUAAUGUUUUAUCGCUUACUUUAAUUAAGAAAAUAUACUGUGGAAUACUGGCCAAUGCUAUUCAAGUUUAGUUUUGUUGGAGUAUAGCCAAUUGUUGUUAAAAGUGGUGCAUUAUGUCGAGAGACUUAAUAACAUGUGGAAGCAAUUCCAAUUACGGCACAGAAAUAUCGAUGUUCUUACAUUCAUUCAUCUAAACCAAUUAAACUAGUUGUCGAUAAACUCUAUUCUAUUGAUCUUAUUUUGGCGUACAGUACAGUACUCGAAAAGAUUCAGUCUGUAACUUUAAAUUACAAAACUGUAUCGUGACAUUUAGUAUAGUCUGAUGGCUGCAGCAAAUGGAGGAAACUGGAAAGAAAAGUUGUGGAAAAAAUCUUAUCCCAUCUCUCGAUUUUCUCUAUUGGCAAUCAAAGAAAGAAAAUUAUCUUCAAAGUAAUCAAAACUAUGAUUGAAGUGACAAUGAGAUUAGAACUCAUGUGAAACUCAAUAAACGUCGACUGUUAUUUUUUUAAAUAUUUUAAUUUCUUUUUAAAAUUUAAAUAGUUCAUUUUACACUUUUGGUGUUCUUUACGGAAACGUAACUUAAACGGUUGAAUUCUUAUUAA